AUGGCAUCGAGCAGCUCGUCGAACAUUAACGGGGGCGCCAAGUCGUCGCGGUUUUCAACGCUCAAGGUCUUCAAAUUGCACAAGAAGGAAAAGGAAUCCUUGCUUCCGCCGCCACCACCACCAAAGGACCCGUACUAUCUCAAUAACCGGUCCUUAGCUUCACUAUCUCCAGACUCUUGUCUCUGCCAAGCUCCCCUCUUACGCCUCCCUUCCAGUACCCGUUUGCACCAAGGAAGCAAUCCACUUUUCCGCAUCCCUAAUAGCUCCACCAUGUCACUCAUAUCUUCAUCGGCCUCUGCAAUGUCGUAUACGCCUGAGCAGGGUCAGCAUUUAACCUCCAAAAAGUCGGGCUUUUUCAGGUUCAAACGGAGUCCAAAGUCGCCGUCAGUGAAGAGUUCCGUGAAGGAUGAGACUUCAACACUCCAGUCGUUUGAUUCGAAUGAUGAAGGCAUCUCUAUGCCAUGGAACUUUCAGCAUAAUGUCCAUGUGGAUGAGGCGUAUUCUGGUCUUCCGCCUUCGUGGGCAGCAAAGCUAGUUGAUGCAGGAUACUCGGAAGAAGAAAUGGCCGCAAUACAGGAAGCACGUCGGGCAGGUACACGGUCUCCGGCAUCACAGUACUUGUUUUCGGACCGGCCUCGAUCACCAGGGAACGAUACUUCAUCUACGCGCAACACGUCUGUCGUAACACGACCUACCCCCAGGACUACCUCGCUUCCUCGUCAGUACUCGGACGCUUCUCUGAGUAAGAAAAAUCACCAAAGAGCUUCGCCAACAAAUGGCUCUAUAUCAUCCAAUCACACGACGCCGAGCAAAAGUCCACCUGCGCCCGUAAAUAUCUGCGCAAAGAAACCGGUGCCGGGUUCGUCACGAAGACGAAACGAUUCGGGAGCGUCUUCGACAUCAUUAUCAAUAUCAAUAAGCUCUGAACCGCACCUUUGUGAUGUCCACGAGUCGAGUCCACUAGAUGUAGCGUCACCGGCAGGGGCUGAUUCCGGCACACCUUCUACCCCACCUAGACGAGUGUUUCACGUUACAAACGGCUCAGCAUCUAUGCAAUCUCCUCCCCCUUCCUAUUCCAAGUCCCUGCUCACCGAUAAUGGAUAUCCAGUUGACAAAAAGGAUCGUACACUGUUUGAGUCUUCAUCCCACUCAACGCCGCCCUCAUCAUUCCCUGCACCUCCAUUAGAUUCCGAACCUCCUCGCCAUAGAUCACAACACAGCGUCGAAAGUGUGGCUUCACGCGACGCAUCAGUGUCUUCCCACAUCAGAUCAAAUUCGUCACAAAACGGCGGUCGAAACGAUUCACCACAUUACCGCCUCGAUUAUCAUUGCAUGCUCACGAGUUCACCAAGCGGUGAAACUGGUAUGCUAAGCGCAAGAAGUGACGUAGGAUCGUCGAGUGCAUCGUCUCAAAUAUCUACCGGCCGACCAACUCCUUCAAAGAGAACGCCACCACUUUCUGCAUCCUCGUCGAGUAGGCCAUCGCCUCCUUCCCGUCCCAUCCCACCCGUUGUCAUCAAUGGUGAUCCUGAUGAAGAUGAACCAUCACCAUCACUGCCUCCGCAUACCGUCAUCACCUCAUCCCCUGGUCCAUCUUAUGAUGGAGAGCCACUUUCUCCUGCGUCUGUACAAUCGUGGGGUGAAUUAUCGGGUAUUAUCAGCAGGGACGGUAAGUUAAGCCCAGAUCCAAGGUUCUACGCGCCUGCAUUGAGUGAAAGUCAUUCCCCUACGCUACUUUUGAUGCCUGGAACCACUGCCACGAAGAAGGUUGAUGAGAAGGUACGGAGCAAAGAUUCGAACCGCUUUUCAAGCCAGAGCAGUGCAUCGACGAUGUCUACUGCUACUGUCACGGUGUCAACAGUCCUUAGAGGGCGGGCAGUGGCUAACGUGAUAGAGAAGACUAAGCCCGCUCCACUACCAAAUGUAGGGGUAAGCGAGAAGAGGGAAGAUAACAAGGGUCUUCUACCUUCGCCUACGGCAGCCGACUUCAUGGGUACCCGCUCACGAUCUCCAGUGGGCAGACAUCCUGGGUCACCUCUUAGCUCUCAUUUCGGAAGUGAAGAAGGGUCUGGGUCCGGGUCGUCGAGUUCACAAUCUCAAGAGAACCAGACGCCAACGACAGAUGCUGAUCCUGCGCUGUACUGGGACGAACCAUCUCCAGAUCCGAAUAAGACGUUAUUCGAGCCCGAUCCGCGUGUAGAAGAAGAAGACGACGACGACGAGGACGACGAUGGUAGUAACGAGCUUGAUGACUCUGAUGAGGAGGAGGCCGAAGUCGAGCAUGUCAACAUAACAUCGACGCGGCCCACCAUUAUUAUCAGCAGUGCAAGAGCUUCUCUGGCUCCGGUGACGUCGCUUGCGUCUGCUGGUAUGACACCGGUUUCGCCUGCUCAGCGGUAUCGUGGGUGGUUGUCCGAGGUCGUACGCCCAUUGGAGGAGUUCAUCGACGAGCCUGUCGAUCCUAGGGAAGUUUAUCUUGACCUGCAAGAGAUUGCGGAAGGCGAGAGUGGCUCAGUGUAUGCGGCCACCCUUGCGGAUGAUAAAGCACACAGACUAAAGCUACCGCCCCUUAUCAAAGCGCAGGAUAACGAUAACGCACAGAACGGCAUCAAAACGCUCGUGGCCAUCAAGAGCGUGGCGAUUCUCCCAUCUGGAUCGGAGAAGCUUGUUGAUCUGGAGCGCGAGCUGAAGCUGCUGAAAGGUCUGAUGCAUCCCAAUGUCCUGGGUCUGGACGCGUUGUAUGUGGAUCUUCAGGAAGAUUCUUUGUGGAUACGGAUGGAGCUAAUGGAGAGGAGUUUGGCGGAUGUGAUUGGGCUGGUAACUGAAGGCUUGAUGCUACAGGAGAGGAUGAUGGCGCGUUUUGCGAGUGAUGUGUUGGAGGCGCUUGUGUAUCUUCAAUCACAUGGUAUCGCUCACCGGGAUGUUCGGUCGGAUAAUCUCCUCCUCAACAGUCACGGAAUACUCAAACUGACCGAUUUUUCCAAUGCCACCCAAACUUCUGCCAAGUCAUCAACGUGCUCUGAUCCUGUCGGAGUGUUGUACUGGCAAGCUCCGGAAGUGCGAAGUGGAUCUUAUGAUCCCCUCAAAGUUGAUGUAUGGUCAUUGGGAGCAACGGUAUGGGAGAUGGCUGAGGCCGAACCUCCGUUCUUCCAGACGUCAGAAGCUGAGGAUCGCUGGCCACCGUUAACACAUCCAGAGGUGUAUUCCCCAGCGUUUCGGGAAUUCCUACGUGCAUGUUCUGACCCUCCUGCGACGCGGCCUUCUCCUGCAGUGCUUGCUAUGAAUCCCUUCAUUAACAACUCGUGCGGUCGCCCUGUCAUCAUACAGAUCUUGUCCCAAUGCAUGGCUAUUGAAAAGAUAAUACAGGAACGGGAACUAUCACCUCAACCAUAGCAUAUACCCCCUACCCCCUUGGUUAUACACUAAUAUCUUAUUCAUCUCAUAAACCAUUUAUGUUUCCUGCUACGCUUUCUACUGCAUUUUUUAGCUUUAAGGACUCUCUCGCUACCAUAUCAUUUUCGUCUUCGCUACAUUCUGCAAUGAAGGUCGAUGUCUCCGCCACGAAUCCUACAUGAUCGGUAAUUAGGAUGUGCAUUGUUGUUAUAUAGGGCUAUUCUUACCAAGAAGUUUUCCGCCGUGUGU